UCUUCUUCCAGCUCACUGCGAGAGAGAUAAAGCGUGAAAGGCAGACAUGGCUUGCUCCGCUACUUCAACCACAACCACGGCUCUUAUCUCCUCAAACCCCAGGCCCAGGGCUUUCUCCCCCAAAUCCCAAUCUCUUUCUCUCCCUAAUUCCUUCACUGGUCUCCGUGCUCCUCUCCUUUCUCGUGUUGCCCGCUCCAUUUCCCUCUCUCGUGCCUCUCAUUAUCAGAAUAGUUUCGUCGUCAAAGCCAGCAGUGAGCUUCCACUGGUGGGAAAUACCGCUCCAGACUUCGAGGCAGAGGCUGUCUUUGAUCAGGAGUUCAUUAAGGUCAAACUCUCUGAAUACAUUGGGAAGAAAUAUGUGAUUCUCUUCUUCUACCCAUUGGACUUCACAUUCGUUUGCCCCACAGAGAUUACUGCUUUCAGUGACCGUUAUGAGGAAUUUGAGAAGUUGAACACAGAAAUACUAGGUGUUUCUAUUGACAGUGUUUUCUCUCACCUUGCCUGGGUUCAAACAGAUAGAAAGUCUGGUGGCCUUGGUGACUUGAAGUAUCCACUUGUAUCUGAUGUCACUAAGUCAAUUUCAAAAUCUUAUGGAGUGCUCAUUCCUGAUCAGGGAAUUGCAUUGAGAGGACUUUUCAUCAUAGAUAAGGAGGGGGUUAUCCAGCACUCUACCAUUAACAACCUUGCAAUUGGGCGUAGUGUUGAUGAAACAAUGCGGACACUCCAGGCCUUACAGUAUGUGCAGGAAAAUCCAGAUGAAUUUGCCCAGCUGGGUGGAAGCCAGGAGAGAAAUCCAUGAAACCAGACCCUAAACUCAGCAAAGAUUACUUUGCAGCAAUUUGAAGGUAAUUAAGGGUGUAUCAGAGUUUUACUUCUAUGUAACUGUUAGCAAUCACGAGCUUCGGAUCCGAUCCUAAUCUAUGGCGAAUUAUAAAUCAUGUUUGCGUGUUUUUUUUCGAUUGCAUUUAUGUAGACAAACAAUAUCAUAUAUUUUUUUCACUCAAGCAAAGCACUUUUGUCAAAA